CGGCGGCUCGGCUGCGGAGCUUCUCGGGGCGCGGUGCGGCCUUGGGCGGCUUCGGGCCUCGGCUCCCCGGGGCGGCUCUGGGCCUGCGGGAUGGGCUGUGCCUCCGCCCGCCAGCCUGGUAGCCCGCAGUCGGGAUUGAAGGGUUUUCACGUUCCGGAGGGGACCAGCAGGCCUCGGUUGCAAUGCAGCUGCUAUGAACGAAGCUUCGGUUUCGAUAGGCUUACGUCGAAGGAAGGAACGUUUUCCUGUUGGAAUAAUCGUGCCUCCAAAUCAGCAGCUGCUCGCAGAUGGGUCAGGGACUCUGGAGAAUUGCUAGAAACCAGCAAUUGCAGCAGCAAGGAUACAGUGGACCAGGCUAUCUUAGCAGAGAGCCUGGUAGGAGGAUACCUGCUAACAACAAUGUUUCCAAUACGAGCCACCGCAAACAAGCUCAAGGAGGCAUUGACAUCUACCACCUGCUGAAGACAAGAAAAUCGAAAGAGCAAGAAGGAUUCAUUAACCUGGAAAUGUUGCCACCAGAGCUCAGUUUUACCAUUUUGUCAUACCUGAAUGCAACUGAUCUCUGUCUAGCAUCAUGUGUCUGGCAGGAUCUUGCUAAUGAUGAGCUCCUCUGGCAAGGGUUGUGCAAAUCCACUUGGGGUCACUGUUCUAUAUACAAUAAGAAUCCGCCUCUAGGAUUUUCUUUUAGAAAAUUGUAUAUGCAGCUAGAUGAGGGCAGUCUCACCUUUAAUGCCAACCCUGAUGAGGGUGUCAACUACUUUAUGUCCAAAGGCAUACUAGAUGAUUCACCGAAAGAAAUAGCUAAGUUUAUCUUUUGCACAAGAACACUGAAUUGGAAGAAGCUGAGAAUCUACCUUGAUGAAAGGAGAGAUGUUUUGGAUGACCUUGUGACGCUGCACAACUUCAGAAAUCAGUUCUUGCCAAAUGCACUGAGAGAGUUCUUCAGACACAUUCAUGCUCCUGAGGAGCGUGGGGAGUACCUUGAAACUCUCAUAACAAAGUUCUCUCACAGAUUCUGUGCUUGUAAUCCUGAUUUGAUGAGAGAGCUUGGCCUUAGCCCUGAUGCAGUUUAUGUACUGUGUUACUCUUUGAUUCUCCUUUCGAUUGAUCUAACAAGCCCUCAUGUGAAGAACAAAAUGUCAAAGAGAGAAUUCAUCCGAAACACACGACGAGCUGCACAGAAUAUUAGUGAAGAUUUUGUAGGGCACCUUUAUGACAACAUCUACCUUAUUGGCCACGUGGCUGCCUAAAAGCACAAUUUGCUAGCACUUAAAAUUUGUAAUUUUCAGAAACUACAUCAAUUCAAGAUAUUAAUUAUUUUGUAGAGAUGGGGGUUAUUUUAGUGCUGGUCAUUCUAACCUCUGUAUGCAAUCAAAGUUUGUGUGUGUAAGUGUGUGUAUGUGUAAACUACCUUUUCUAUUAACUGUGGGAACAGAACGACUUUCUUUCAUAAUUUUUUUUAGUUUUGCACAAAACAAUGCCAUUAGUCUGACACAGCCAUUUAUGAAUGUUAAACUGACAUUACAGUCUAAGCUGAAAAAGUGGUGAAUUUGUGCAUUAGAUCUGCUUGAAACUUUAAUAAGUUCAUUCUUUUUAGAAUACCAUGUAAUGUGUAUAUAUUUAACUAAAGAGAUUUAUAAUCAUAAUUAUUUUAUUGUAAAGUAUUUUAACUAAAAUUUCUCCUUUUAUCUCUUAAAUUAGUGUUUGACUUUUCGUUUGCAUUUUUUUACAAUGCUAACUACCUCAGAUACCUAAGUUAGAGGAACAUUGAUCUGAAUACUACAAUAAAGUUUAUUCUAGGAGAGGAUAGAACACUUGUAAAAUAUUUAAGCUGAUGUUUUAUACUAUAUUUAUUAACUUGAAUUAGCAUGUUGCCAAUCUGCUAUUCACUCAAUUUUAAAGAUGACAGGCUCUAUUUUAGAUGAACCCUGAUGCCAUAAAGGGUUAUCCAGGGGAAAUCAUGCGGUGUACAGAGAGGUUUACAUCGUUUACUUACACAACUUAUUUUGCAGAUACUGGUUUUUGGGAAACAGGACAACUGCAAUCACCUGUUCAGCACAGUAAACAAGAAAAUCUGAACAGGGAAAGUGGUAGGAGUGAGUAAUAUGUUGCUGCUUUCAGUGGGUUCCCUCAGUCUACAAGUGUCAAUGAUGGAAAUGCCUUGGCAAAUGUAUACCAGAUGACUUGUUGCUAAAGCUGUUAAAAACUGACAGUGCAAGAUUAGAGCAGUGACUCUGCAGGAUUGGAGAACUGUUUCAGAGUCAGAUACUGAAUUACUUUCUAAGUUAGUCAUGUAGCUAGAUAUUAAACAGCUCUAAAUUUGUGGAAGAACUUCAAAAAUUACUUGGUCGGGUUUUGUCUUGACAUUUUCUGAAGUGUGGAGGAUAUUAACAGUGGAACUGCUGUGCUUGUGCAGAAGUUGACUAAGGAUUUGCCUAGGUUUUGUUCAGACAACUCUAGGAGCAGUUGAUAUAACGUGUAGUUGAAGAGCUGUUCCUGAUUAUGUUUGUUUACAUAAUAUUCAGCUAUCAGUAGUGUCUGGAUACAUCAUGGUAGCAAGUAUAUUUCUUCUUUUUCUCUACCCCAUACCAUGAGGUGAUGUGGGAAGGUAUUCUUAAUCUGUAAAACAGAACUAAUCUGAGUUUUUUACAUGGAAAGCUUAUAGCAGAGCCAAGAAUUUCAUUCAGGAAUGACCCCUCACAGCCAUGCACUUUGCCUAUGCUGCUGCUUUCUGUUUAGCACCUAGGGAGUGUUAACUUUGUUUUAGAUGUGAGAAGGACAGUCCAUACAAGGGCUACAUAAAUUAUGGGAAGAAAAAGAUGUAGCUGUUACUAUUUCAAGUGUUUAUAGCUCUGCUCCACAAACCAAAAUGCAUGCAAAAAUAGUACUUUUUUAUUGCACUACCUUUUAUCAAGUGUAAAUGCCACUGCAUUUAUGUAGCAUACACAGCCAAAGCCAGGAGCCAGCAGUAUUGUGGCCGUGUUCCAGACAGGUUUACAGCAUCACCUGCCUUGCUCAGGAUAACUACUCCUCACCCAGUGUUAUGUCAUGUAUUGCAGAAAGUCCAAGGAUGCGUUCUGCAGUGGUCAAUUAAUCUCAAACACAAAUUAAGAGUGUAUGGUACAGUGGGGAGCUUUGUAUAAGGCACAGAUGUCUGCUGCUAUACUACAGGAAAAAAAAUUGAAAGCUUUUAAUGUAAUUUGUAAGACCAGUUAUAAAGGACAAGUGUCUCUGGGCUCUUUAAAGUGAUUUGAAGUGGAGACAGCAGAAUAUAGUUUCCUAAGAAACACUCCUCAAAGGUUGCACAUUUUAAAAGAAGAGUUCAGUGAAUUUUGAAAUUGGAACUUUUCUUGUUAGAAAAUAUUUUCUUCUCAAACCACAAAUGCAGAGCGAGGUUUAAUUCUGUUGUGGCAUUGGUUGACAUUAGUGAUACUGGUUUUGAUUUUGCACUAGUAAGAAAGUAUGAAUUGUUAGUCUGGAUUUCUCCUAAUUUCCCAUUACCCUGAUACAGUACAAAACCUUCAGGCAGGCAGAACAUGUUUUUUCUGGAAUAGAUGAGUACAUCUAUUAGCAAGGUCUAGAAAACUUCUAGGCCAGUGUAGAAGCCAAGAAGAUAAAUUAGAAACAGAAUGAUACAAUUCAAGUUUCCAUAAGACAAGGCUGGGGCAAAAAAAAAACAAAACCCUAAUGACAUGCAGAUAACAGCAUCUGAUCUUCACAACAGGAUUUUGAACAGUGUUAGAGGAUUAGCACCCAAUUCAUGCUCUACAUUAUGUUACUAACUCAGAGUGGAACAGAAAACAGCAAACACAACUUGCCAAGUGUGAAUUCCCUCAGUGUCAAUCACCAAGUAACUAAAUACAUUUCUGCUGUCAUUUUUCUUUCACCAGUUUGAGUCUAACUCUAAAGUGGCUGAGAAGUAAUUUUUUGCAUUUUAGCAAUCUAGACUUUACAUGAAGUUAAACAAUUUUCUGUCUUAAAAGGAGAGAAAAAAAUCAAGUGUAACAGUACUCCUAAAAAGUGGAAAAAAAAUUGUCUUGGUUGUCCUCCAAAAACUCUUUAAAAAACAAAGUGUUAUGCAGUGUUUUCUUCAAUGCACUUGGUGUCUCCAUGCACAUUUUAAAAUAAUGAUACUUCAUUGAUCCGUGUGUCACUAAAUGAUGCAAUGUGGAAAUAGCUCCUUGAUCAAGCCCUUCAGAAGAUUUAGGCAGAGGAUCUCAAGCUGAAUUAUGUGAGCAUGAUCAUGCUUAUAACUGUGAAGUGUUUCCCAAGCUAUUGUGAUUCCACCACUGCAUGUCCUUUAAACUUCGGCCAUGUGGUGUUGCCUUAACUCUUAACUGUAUGCACUGUACACAGCACUGAAGGAAGAAGUGAGCCUGCAGCCCAUCCCUCUGCAAACACUCACUGUUCUGUCCUAAAAGACACUAGAAUUUUCCUUAAUGGCCAUUUCUGUAAGUUUGGUAACUUCAGUAUACACAGAUGUGACAGAUGGAAAAUUUUCUGUUCGUGUUGGGAAAAUGAGUGUACCCCUGUGUCCAUGUAAAGUGUCACACAAAUGCAGCUCCUGUUUGCUUUGAUUAUAAAGUCUGAGGCUCUGAUUGCAUUUAUUCAAGGAAUAUGGCAUAUAUUAGAUAUUCACAUAGCUUACCUAUACACAGCAUCUGAUAUUAUCUGUUUUCUCAGACUCUAUUUCUGUCUAAAAUACCUUCCAUUCAAACUCUAAACAACACAUUUAUACAGCUUUGGCUUUCUAAAAUAAAUCAAAGCUGCUGCAACAUAAAUCAACCCAAAUAAAUACAAGUUUGAGAUGUGUUUGUCGAUUUUGAAGUAAGUGAGAAAUUUGCAUUCAGGAAAAAAAUUCAAUUUUUUCUCUUUAACCUUUCCCUUUCACUCCCCACAUUGGAAAAAGAAAAAAAUGUAAACAGUUUCAAAAUACAGCUUUAAGAAAAUAAACUGACUAGCUGGGCAAAUAAAUGUUAUUAUUUCUUCAGUAUUCUGCAGUUUAUUAAUGUUCUUAACAUAAACAAGUUUAUCAACGAGGAAUUGCUCUUUUUCAAAGUGGUAAUACUUUUGUUCUCUGUGUAAAGAUGUCAUUGUGCAAUCUGAUACUGUUUAUAGCUCUGUUUUUAGAAAACAGGUAUUAUUUUAAGCACUUAAACAAAAUUGAGGUAUACCUCCUUGAUCAUGUUAAAAUGUCAGAAUUAUAAUAAGUAUUUGGGAAAGUCAGAUUUACUUGCCCUCUAUUGAAUUAGGAUUUUUUUUCCUUUUAAAAUAUUUCAUGGGUGUAUUAAAACUAAUAAACAUUGAGGCCGAUGACUUGUUCUCUGCCAUUGCAAAAUCUCCCACUCUAAUCUCAAAAGCACUAUUAAAGUGGGCAAAGAACAGAUUCCUGUGUUUCACAUCAGCAUGUUAUGGUUUUAUUUUGCCUUGAAAGAGAAAUACAAGUUUUUAUAAUCUGCAUUUAAUAGUGAUUUUAGUAAGAUAAAAUUUUAUGUGAUAAUCUAAUACUAUUUAUGAGAUGUUUAAAGUUCAGACUUGCCAUGUGUAAUUAAAUCAUAAUCAAAUAGAUAGGAGUAUUUACAGAAGUGUGUCUAUAAAAAACCUAAAAGAGAUCACAUUG